UAGUUCUAAAAACUCAUAUAUUUUUAAAAAGCUUAUCCUCUAACCUAACUUGGAAAUAAUAUAAUAAGCCCAAACUUUUUUAAUUUGUAAUAGUCUUUCAAUGACAAGUAUUAUAUUAUAACUUAACAUAUUAUUAACACAUAUUGGACUAAUGAAACCUCCUAACUUUUCACAUCUUCUACAAGACAAAUGAACUCAAAGUCCAACCCAAAAUUCACUAUUUGAAAUUUUGAACACAAAAAACUCUUCUUAGCUAUUAACUCAAUGGACCCUUUUCUCCAAAUUGUCAUCUCUUGCCUUCUUCCAUUGCUUCUUAUUUUCAUAUGUUACCACCUUAAAAAAUCAUCAUCAUCCACUAAUUCAGGGCCAAUUUUGGCGCCUGAGGCGGCCGGGGCAUGGCCAAUCAUAGGCCACCUUCAUCUCUUUGGAGACAAAAACCUCACUCACAAAACACUAGGAGCCAUGGCAGACAAAGAUGGUCCAAUCUUCACCAUAAAGCUUGGUUCACACAAAGUUGUAGUUGUCAAUAAUGGUGAAAUUGCCAAAGACUGUUUCACUACUCAUGACAUGGCUUUCUCAACAAGACCAACCAUAGUAGCAUCCAAGUUGCUAGGCUAUAACUAUGCCAUGUUUGGUUUUGCUCCUUAUGGUGCUUAUUGGAGAGAAAUGAGAAAAAUAGCAACUGUUGAACUCUUGUCAAACAAAAGGCUAGACUUGCUUAAACACAUAUGGUCUUCAGAAGUGGACACUUGGGCAAGUGAGCUUUACAACAAGUUGUGUUUGGAAAAGGGUAGUGAAAAAAACAGAGUUUUGGUUGAUAUGAAAAGAUGGUUUGGACAUUUAACAGGUAAUAUAUCUGUGAGACUGAUUGGUGGGAAGAGGUGUUUUGGUGAGAAUAAUAGUACUAAGUCUGGUUUUGGUGAAGAGGAAAGUAUUAGAUGUAGAAAAGUUAUGAGGGAUUUUUCUUAUUUGUUUGGUGUGUUUGUUUUGGCUGAUGCUAUACCAUUUUUGGGGUGGUGGGAUGUUAAUGGUUAUAAAAAAGCUAUGAAGAAAACUGCUAGUGAAUUGGAUGUAUUGAUUGCUGGUUGGCUUGAGGAACAUAAACACAAGAGAAAAUUGUUUGGUAAGAAAGGAAAUAAUGGUAAUAAUAAUAGUAAUGAAGAGAAGGAUUUCAUGGAUGUGAUGCUCAAUAUUUUGGAUGGAGCUAAUGUUGAUGGUGUUGAUGCUGAUACCAUUAAUAAAGCUACUUGUCUGAACCUUAUGUUACCUGCAAGUGACACAACCAUGAUAGCACUAACAUGGGCCUUAUCUCUACUUCUCAACAACCCAAACAAACUCCAAAAAGCCCAAUUAGAAUUGGACCAAAUAGUGGGCCGAGAGAGAAACGUUGAAGAAUCAGACAUUCAAAACCUAAUCUACCUCCAGGCCAUAAUCAAAGAAACCAUAAGGCUUUACCCACCAAGCCCACUACUACUAAGAGCCACAAAGGAAGACUGCACCCUCACGUGCGGCUACCACGUGCGCAAAGGGACACGUCUGAUGGUGAACGCGUGGAAAAUCCAACGGGAGGAGGGAGUGUGGGGCCAUAACUCGGAGGAGUUCGAGCCAGAACGAUUCUUGACGAGUCACAAGGAAGUGGAUUUGAGAGGUAAAUUAGGGUUUGAGAUUGUGUCGUUUGGUGGGGGAAGAAGGUCUUGCCCUGGAGUGUCGUUGGCUCUUCGUAUGGUCCAUUUGGGUUUGGCUAGGUUUUUGCAUGGGUUUGAAGUUAGUAAGAAAUUGGAUAAUGAAGAGGUUGAUAUGACUGAGACUACUGGGUUGACUAAUUCAAGAGCUACUCCACUUGAGGUUUUUCUUACACCUCGUCUUCAUUCCAAACUUUAUGAAUAAUAUUAUUAUGUAUGUAUAUAUGUAUAUGAUAUAUGAUUAUGUGUGUGUAAUGUUUAAAUAUUUUUAAUGUUUGAUCACAUUGUAUCUUCUAAUAUUGCACCAUAUGAUAAUAAUCUAGUGACUUGUGA